CAGUAAUAUGGUAGUAGAAAUUGCAGAACUUAGGAGGGAGAUUGAUGUUCUCAAACAAUCAAAUAUUGAUUUAGUUCGUACAUUAACUAAUAAAGCAGUUGCUAGUUUAACAUCAAACAGCACUAAUAAUAAUAACCACUCAUCUGAUAAAAUACCGUGUAAUUCUGAAGUAAAAAAAUCAUAUGCAACAAAAUUAUCUGAGUCUACAAAAUCUAAAGUCAUGAUUAAGCCUAAGGUUGCUCAACAAGCAGUGAAAACGCAAGAAGAUUUGUUGCGGAAUGUUGAUCUGGUUAAUGAAAAUAUUCGUGUUACUAAUGCUAAAACAACCAAAGGAGGAGCUGUUAUUGUAGGGUGCAACGAUCGUGAUUAUGAUGUUUUUGUCCUUAGAUCGGAGCAUCCUAAGAUUCGAGUGGUAGGUAUUCCAUCGUGUUUGAAUAAAGAGACAUUUAUGAAUUACUUGAAAUCUCAAAACAGUGAUCUGCUAGCCGACGCAACCGAACUACGCUUGCUAAAUUUUUGGGAGUUGCGGAAAAAUAAAAAAGUUCUUCAAGCUACUCUACAACUAGAUAUUAUUACAUACAAAAAAAUAAUGGAUGCUGGCGGAUUAUUGGUUGGAAUAAAUAUUUGCAAAGUGUAUGAUGAUACAAAUGUGGUUCGCUGUUUUAAAUGUAGUGGGUUAAAUCAUACGAAAAAUAAAUGCCCAAGACAAAUGAUUUGUCCAAUAUGUGCGGGUUCGCAUCAGGUAAACAGCUGUACGUCAGAAAAAAAAAUGUGUAUUAACUGUAGAGACUUAAGACAUAUACAUGGGUUUGAUAUAGGAGUAGAUCAUUCAGCCUGGGAUUACACCAACUGCUUUGCGUAUAAAUUUGCACUGGCGAAACUUAGAAAUGUUGUUUUUGCAGAACCAAUUCAAAUAGAAAUAAAUAAGAUUCCUAAUUUUAAACAUCCUGCUAAUCCUGAGAAUAUUACUAAUACUCAGAUAAAUUCUAAUUCAAUAAACAGUUUUCUAGCCAGUACACCUGCACCUUUGGGAAAUAAUUUUUUAGAUGUGUCUUAA